AUGUUUCAAGGCACAGAUGCAGCUUGUAUCGUCAACAUGAUGUUUGUGCGCAGCCCUGCGAGCUCCAGGAUGUCAAUAUCGCGCAUUGCUGACCGGACUCGAGUGAUCCAGAGUGCAGGUUUCCAGGAGGACAAGGACAACACCACCGACGGACAGGAGAUAUCGCAGUGA